AUGAGAAGUGGACUACAACCUUCCUCUCUUGCAUGGUUGGCUGUACUAUGUUUAGCUGCAACAUACAGGGAGAUUGGACACGUCAAGGCAUGGUCUCAGUCUGUGCGUUCGACCAGCAGUAGCAAAAACAGCAGACUGUUUUCUUCAGUUGGCGAAGAGCAACCCCCUUCCAAGAAUCCGUGGAGAGAACACGACAAGAGUCUGCUACACAAUGUGUACCACAAGAGUAAACUCCCGAGUAAUGAGGUGGACUAUGUAAUCGUUGGAAGUGGCAUUGGUGGGCUUUGGCUAGCAGCCUGUCUGGCAAAAUUCAACAUCUCCAGCGUGGUCUUGGAACAGCACUACAUUGUGGGUGGAUUUCAGCAUACCUUUUGGAGAGGUCCUUACGAGUUUGUCCCUGGCUUGCAUUACAUUGCUAAUCUAGAGCUGUGUGCUCCACUGUACGACAUGGUGGCGACACCAUCUGCCAUUUAUCAUCAUCAGUCAAACGCCACCAAAGCAACAACCAAAACCAGGGCAAUAACGUACCACCAAGCAGGAAAUUCCGUCCAAGCCGAUGGUGGUAACCUUGUGUCACACGAGCUCAAGAUCGGAGACUUACCCGUCAUGCAGGUUCAAGAGGGGCGAGACAAUGUCCGAAAGGAACUGGCUCGAGUUUUCCCCAGUGAAACCAAGGCCAUUGACGAAUUCAUUGAACUCAUGGAGAAAGCAAAGUGGCAAGCAGGACAAUUCGCCACAUUCAAGAUAUUCCCACCUUGGCUUCAGUUCUUGACCAGUCAGCUUUUGUGUAGUACCUAUAUUCGCUAUGCAAGCCAAACCACAGAAGAAGUCCUCGGAGCGCUUACCAACGAUGGAAGACUGAAGACUGUUCUAUCUGCCUUUGGCGGAGACCUUGGAGAGAGUAUUGGAGAGGGUUCCUUUGUCAUGCAAGCUGCGGUGCUGGGUCAUGUUUUGGAGGGGUGCUACUACCCUGAGGGAGGCCCUAUUCAGUUUGCCAGAGGCCUAGUCCCAACCAUCCGGCAGGCCGGUGGUGAUGUCUUUGUGAAAGCUCGCGUGGACCAGAUUCUAGUGGACGAAAGCGACAACAAACCGAUUGUACGGCGUGUCCAACUAGCCAAUGGGGACAUUCUUUCCAGUCGCUUGGGCGUGGUGUCCGACUGUGGAUUUCGAUCUAGCCUGAAGCUACUGCCGCCACACGCACAAAAGAUGCCGGGUGUCCAGAAACUGCACAAAGCGGUAGAAGAAUCCAGUGGUGGAAUCAGCCACGUCUUUACUUUUGUGGGGCUGAAUGCUUCCUUUGAAGAAUUGGGAUUGAAAUCUUCAAGUUACUAUUACAUUCCAUGGAAUACAACAGAUCAAAACAUGGAUGCCACCGCUAUACAAGACUUUUACCGGGACACCUUGCUGGAUCCUGACGUGUUGGAUGUAUCGGCUGGCAUUGUUUUUGCAUCAGCCAAGGAUCCGACUUAUUCAGAAGUUGUGAUGCCAGGAAAGUCGACGGUCAUUGUCUUUUCUGAGGCCAAGAAUGAGGACUUUCUUCCUUUCCUCGAUUCCAACAAACCUAGCGCUGGACUGCAGGGGCGCCGAACUGAGGAGUACAAGCAAGCCAAAGACUUGAUUGAACGCAAAAUGAUGAGAUCUCUCCUUCUGAAUUUCCCUCAUCUGGAACCAUAUAUUGAUGUCGUAGAGGUUGGGACCCCACUAACUCUCUUCGACUAUACUCGACGGUUUGAAACCCUUGGCUUACGACACACUCCUCAGAGGAUGUGUGACAUGGAUCUACGCCCGGCAUGUACGGGCCUCCCGGGUUUGUACUUUACUGGCCAGGAUGUGGCAUUCGCCGGUUGGGCAGGGGCCCUGGCGGGAGCUAUGGUGACUGCACAACAGCUACUGGGGUAUACACUGUUGGAUUUUAUGAAUAAGAAAACACUUUUGCGAGACCUUGGCAACGGCGACCUUGAAGAUACCAUUCAGCAGAAGGUACAGGACGGCACAGCGGCAAGCCCAGUCGAGGUUAUGAUAGAGGUGGCUGGAAAUGCCUGGAGGCAUUUUCGUAGGCAAUUCUCUAAUGGCUAA